AUGGAAAUAGUAAAGUUUGAGCCAGAUACGGAAGGAAUCGAGUCCAGGAAGAAACUCCAGCCGUUUGGAGAUACUAGCAAGAUACGUGUUAUGAAGCAUACCAAAGCGCCUGCAUUCACACUUUACACAACAGAAGUGGAUUCAAGUGCCAAGGACAACGAUGCAGGCUCGGUACCAUACAGGCCUGUCAUUGAAGCACCGGUAGUAUCGAAUGCAUACAUACCUCCAGUAAUCACCCGUCAGGAACCCUGCAGUGUGAAAAUCUCAAACCUUCCGCUGGACAUGACCAGAGAUCGCUUGUACAAGCUGAUUGGCGCUCAUACAAAUGUUUCGUUCAUGAGUCCAAAUCUUGUUAUGAACAAGGAAACAGGUGUAUUCAGGGGAUUUGCAUUUGUAACAGUUGCAUCGAAGGAUGAUGCAAUUAGUCUCAUUAGAAACCUGAAGGGUGUUGCUAUUGAUAGUCUGGGGCUAUCAGUGGAGUUUGCAAAGUAG